GGAGAUGCCACAUCUUCAGAUUGUCAUCAUCAAAAGCAUAGUAAAGUGCUGAAGGAGUGGUGCACUGAUUUUUUGAGUAAAAUUUAGGAUAGAAAGAGAUUAAAAAAGGUUAUACUUACUGAAGACAUCAAAUACUGUAGCCGUACUGAAGUAGAACCGCCCUGUUCUUUUCCAGUUAGGCCUACUGUUGCCCUCAGAAGCUUCUCAGUCGAAGGGCCUAGGUUUGGAAAGAAUUGUUCGUUUGGUGCAAGAAACUAAAGUAUAGAAUGGGGUCACUGUUUUCUAGAAUAUUUUCUGGAAUUUUUGGAUCCAAGGAGACAAGGAUACUUAUACUUGGUUUGGAUGGGGCAGGAAAAACAACAAUUUUAUAUAGAUUACAAGUUGGGGAAGUUGUUACAACUAUACCAACCAUUGGAUUUAAUGUUGAAACAGUCACUUAUAAAAAUUUAAAAUUUCAAGUGUGGGAUUUAGGAGGUCAGACAAGUAUUAGGCCCUAUUGGAGAUGUUAUUACGCAAAUACUGAUGCGGUCAUCUAUGUAGUGGAUAGUCAAGAUAGGGACAGAAUAGGAAUUUCGAAACAGGAAUUAGUUGCUAUGUUAGAGGAAGAAGAACUCCAAAAGGCAGUUCUGGUGGUUCUAGCCAAUAAACAGGACAUGGAAGGUUCAAUGUCAGCAACAGAUGUUUCAAAUGCCCUCGGAUUAUCAGCUUUGAAAAGUAGAUCUUGGUCAAUAUUCAAAACUUCAGCAAUUAAAGGGGAGGGUCUUGAUGAAGCAAUGGAUUGGCUUGUUAAUGCUCUAAAGACAAAACAGUAAAUGAUAUUUUUGUAUGCAGUCAACAAAAACAGUCAAAAUCUACCCAGGAUCCAUUUUAAUGUAGAGGAUCUGUAUCGUAUUUAUCUGGAAGGACUGGCGUACCGUUAUCUGUAAAAAUAAAUAGAAGCUUGAAUGAUAUGCCAUUAUAGAUGUUUCUGUAGUAGGGUCCAAGUUGGAGGAACUUCAGAUUAGAAUUUUAAUGAAAGCAGUCUCUAGUUAAUCGUUUCCUCGCCCAUAAUUUCAAAUGAAUGCAGUUAACCCAAUUCGUUAUAAACAACCAAGAUAGAUUUUAAGCUUUUUAAGCAAAUUUGAUGUUAAAACCUACAGUAAUUGUUUUUUCUGUAGUACAGUCAUCGUGCCCUUAAUUGCUUGUGUCAUUGUCAUUUUAUUUUUUGUAGUUCAUGUUAUGUUUUUCAUGAGCAUGUUGAGUGAUUCAUAAGCCAUAGGUCAUGAUACAUAAGUCAUAGGUCAUCAUCCUGAUUCAUAGGCAACAAUGCAUGGGUCAUAAUUCAUAAGUCAUAGUGCAUGGUUCAUAGUUCACAGUACACAGUUUAUUCGCAGUUAAUACUCAAUUGAGGAGCUUAUGAAGAAUGAAAUGCAUUUUUAAGUAAGAAGCUUUUAGAAGGCACGCUUCUUUUUUAUUCUAAAUGAUUUUUAACUUUGUCUCAAGAAUAAACAGAGCUAUUCACCAUGCCCUGAAGUCUCAAUUAUCUCGUCUUGAAUGUUAGUUUACUUUUGAUGUUGAAAUAUGUGUUGUCAAAUCGCUGUUUUACAAUGAGAUAGUAAAAUUCCAGUGAA